UCUCUAUUGAAUUCCCUCCUCACAUCAAAUACGCACGCCCCGAGUGUCACCAGUAACCUCUCCGUCUGUCUGUUUCUCUUCCGGUCUUUCCCUCUUUGGGAGCUCCGCUCCUCUCUCAUAAAGUAGACAAAACUCUUUCACAAAUUCUCCCCUUAAUAAUUGACACCCACACACACACACCCACAAUUCCCAAUUCUCUCAUUCAUUUCGAUAACAAUGGAGAGCUUCGCCCUCCACUCUCCCUCCACCUCGUCCUUGUCCCUCUCUACCCGCGCUUCCUUAGUCCGCCGCCGCUCAAAACCGAUCCUCAGAUCCCCGCCGUCCAUCUCCCGUAACAACCCCCUAGCAUCUCACUCCCUCCGAUCACCCAUUCUCUUUGCCUCAAACCCCGUCACAUCCUUCUCUCCUUCACCAAAUAACAAGACCCAUUUCCCAAUUCAAGCCACCCAAUCUCCUCAAUCCCAAACCAGCCUCACACCGCCUCCGCCUCAAGGCGCCAAAAUCGUCCCCUUCAUCGUCUCCAUCGCCGUAGGCCUUGUUGUCCGCUUCUUGGUCCCCAAACCCGUCGAAGUGACCCCACAAGCCUGGCAAUUGCUCUCCAUCUUCCUCUCCACCAUCGCCGGCCUGGUUCUCAGCCCGCUACCCGUCGGCGCUUGGGCUUUUCUGGGCCUCACAACCUCCGUAGUCUCCGGAACUCUGACAUUUCCGGCGGCCUUCAGUGCUUUUACUAACGAAGUAAUAUGGUUGAUUGUGAUUUCCUUCUUUUUCGCUCGUGGAUUCGUCAAGACGGGUUUGGGUGAUCGCAUUGCGACCUACUUUGUCAAGUGGUUGGGGAAGAGCACUCUUGGGUUGUCUUAUGGGUUGACCAUUAGCGAGGCCCUUAUUGCCCCGGCAAUGCCCAGUACUACCGCCAGGGCUGGCGGUGUUUUCUUGCCCAUUAUUAAGUCAUUGUCACUCUCUGCUGGGAGUAAACCUGGUGACGCCUCCAAAUCAAAGCUUGGUUCUUAUCUCGUUAUGUCUCAGUUUCAGUCCGCUGGUAACUCUAGUGCUCUUUUCUUAACGGCUGCAGCUCAAAAUCUGCUGUGCCUUAAAUUAGCAGAGGAACUUGGGGUGAUAAUUUCAAGCCCUUGGGUAUCUUGGUUCAAGGCUGCUAGCUUACCAGCACUUGUUUCGCUACUAGCUACUCCGCUAGUCUUAUACAAGCUUUAUCCUCCUGAAAUUAAGGACACACCUGAUGCCCCUGCCAUGGCUACAAAAAAACUGGAGAGUAUGGGUCCUGUCACAAAAAACGAAUGCAUUAUGGUUGGUACAAUGCUUCUUGCUGUUACUCUAUGGGUCUGUGGAGAGGCUCUUGGUAUAGCAAGUGUUGUAGCGGCAAUGAUUGGCUUAUCUAUACUUCUUUUGUUAGGUGUCCUUGAUUGGGAUGACUGCUUAAGUGAAAAAUCAGCAUGGGAUACUUUGGCUUGGUUUGCUGUUCUAGUGGGUAUGGCCGGCCAGUUGACAAACCUUGGUAUUGUUAGCUGGAUGUCUAAUUGUGUAGCAAAGAUCCUACAGUCUUACUCCUUGAGCUGGCCAGCUGCGUUUGGUGUUCUUCAGGCGGCUUACUUCGGCAUCCACUACCUCUUUGCAAGUCAAACUGGUCAUGUGGGAGCUUUAUACUCUGCAUUUCUUGCCAUGAACUUGGCAGCUGGGGUACCUGGUAUAUUGGCAGCAUUGGCUUUAGCUUACAACACAAAUCUUUUUGGGGCUUUAACACAUUAUAGCAGUGGUCAGGCUGCUGUGUACUAUGGAGCUGGUUAUGUUGAUCUUCCUGAUGUGUUUAAAGUCGGCUUUAUCAUGGCUCUUGUUAAUGCUGUCAUCUGGACAUUAGUAGGGUUGUUCUGGUGGAAAUUUUUGGGCCUCUACUGAUUCUCAGUUUCCUUGUAAGUAGCUUAUGCUCUUCCCUGCUCGUACUUUCAGGGAAUAAUUGAGCUCAUUAUUUUGAUUGCGAACAAACUUUCCAGAUUUUAUCUUGAAUUUAUUAGCUUUAGUUCUAUAAUACAGUUGCAUAAGUGUAAUGACACACAGAGAGGUAAAUGAUUGUUUCGGCGGGAAGCCUAUAAAUAAAUAGUAAAAUCCCAAACCAGGUACAAUUUUAUUUC